CUUGUUUCACAGUGCACCUUUUAUCACCCAGCAUGAAGAAACCCACUUCUCCUUCUUGACUCUUCUGGAUGGAUGAACUCCAUGAGUGCCUUUUAAGGAGCACAUAAUUCUCCUCCACCUGGAUGUUCUCAUAUGAGCAGAUGAUCAGCACUAAGCGGCCCCCUCCAUUAGCAGCUGUGUGGAGUGGGAGAGAGCCUCCCUCAGUGGCCAUCAUGCCUCUGAGAGCCACUCAGACACAGCAGCGCCUAAAUGGGAGAAGAACCAAGAGGAUGGAAAGGGCCAAUACUGGACAGCGCUCCAAAAAACUGGCCAUCAUUUCCCGAUCUCUUCUUAUCUGCAGCUCCAGGAGCAGUGAUGACGCCUCUAGCCCUGAAGAGAGGUAUGGAUACGAGAACUGGAAAGAAGGGUACCAAGGAGACCCUCUGGAGGCCAAGGCUGGGCAUUUGGAAAUGAAUUUCAGUAGGAGUGUUAGCCUACAGGGACCAAAGUGGAAUGAGGAUCCCAAGAAGAACUUAAGGAGGUCUUUUUCCAUCAAGGAAAGCAGUUUCUGGAGAAUGUGCAUUGCCACUGGGGAGGAAUGGGGGCCGCUUGGACCUCAAGUGGCUGAUAACGACCUCCAGACUGGUGACAAUAUAGCCACUGUGCGAAACGGAGGCCAAUUACACAGGGACACUUACAUCCACUAUGGUGAGAGGCCGGCCCCAUUUAAUGGGCAGGUUUUAAAUGGCCACAUAAAACCCGAGUCAGAGAAACAAUCAACCAUGAGAACUGAUCCCAGAACAGCUACUGCUGAGGCUUUCAGCGCAUGUGAAAACAGUGGGCUACUACUUGAUAGUAAUUCAGCAGACUCUGUGACCUACAGGAAAGAAGCCAUUGGAAACAACUGUAAUCUAAAGAAGCCCAUUAUAGAACUAACAGAGGUCAAUAAAAGCUGUGAGAUGGAAGAUACUGAAGAGACAGCCUGCAAGAGGAAUCGUUCAAACUCUACAAGCGUUCACCCAUACUGGAUUGGAGAUUUGGACACCAUCAUUAUGAAGACACCAGACCUGUUUCCCUGUCAUGCUCACACUGCCACUGGCAUUUACGGAAACAGGAAGUCUCUUUCUCAACAACUUGAGUUUCCUCCCAGUGUUCAACAGGCUAUGCCAAGACCUUCUCGCUCGCUCAGCUCAGCACAUCUGGUUCAUUCCAGCAGCAGUGUCCAGGCUUUCAUCAUCUGUAAUAUAGUCUUAAUGAAGGCACCUGGCAAGGGUCUAGGUUUCAGUAUAGUGGGAGGCAGAGACAGCAUGUAUGGACCAAUGGGAAUCUAUGUAAAGACCAUUUUUCCUGGUGGAGCAGCUGCAGCAGAUGGACGACUGCAGGAAGGAGAUGAGAUUCUGGAACUGAAUGGAGAGUCUCUGCAUGGUCUUACUCAUGAAGAUGCUUUACAUAAGUUUAAACAAGUGAAGAAAGGUCUGCUGACGCUGGUGGUAAGGACCAGGUUGGGCGCUCUAGCUGGCAGUCAGACUCAGGUGGCCCAGCUGUGCCGUUCUAAGUCUCUGAGCUCCACAGCAGGUAUCAGCAGAGCCAGUGAGGAGCUGACUGACUUCCCCAACUUGAGCACUCAUGCCAAGCCCAGAGAUCGCAUCAUCAUGGAAAUUACCCUGCAGAAGGAGGUUGGGGUGGGCCUUGGUAUUGGGUUGUGCUGCGUUCCGUCUGCUGAAGGUGGUCCUGGAAUCUACAUUCACACACUGUCACCAGGUUCAGUGGCACACAUGGAUGGCCGCUUGAGAUGUGGGGAUGAGAUUGUGGAGAUUAAUGACACUGUGGUUUGCAACAUGACACUCAAUGAUGCGUACACAGUUCUGAGUCAGUGCAGCCCAGGACCAAUUCAGCUCAUCAUCAGUCGACACCCUGACCCUAAAGUUUCUGAACAGCAGCUGAAUGAGGCCAUUGCUCAGGCAGUAGAGAACAGCAAACUGAAGAGAGACAAGAGUCACUGGAGUAUGGAGGGUCUGAAGAAGAUGGAGCCAUGUUCGCACAACAGGACAAAGUGUGAGCGCUGUAUGGAGCGAAGCCACAGCCAGAUGAGCUGCAGGCAAGCCCAGAAACCCAUGAUUCGUUCCUGUAGCGAGGGUGCAUACAGCCAUCGCAGUGCCCUAACCAGUACCAACAUGCAGCCCAUUCCUCAACAUCAGAAUGUCACCCGUGUACAUAGCAUGGACACCUCCAUAAUAGCCAACUGUGAAGUCCAGACCAGUGGCAGGCCAUCCCCAAAUUCAUAUUCGAAUGAUGACUACAAUGUACCCUACAACUCUCAAAAGAACUUUGUCAGUCAUGAGAGGUUAGAUUUAGGUUUUGGGAGGACAAGGGGUUUUAAAGGUAGACCUCGUUCUCUACCACGAAGGUACUGUAGACGGCAGGAUGUCACCAGUGAAGAGCCACUGACUGACUUGAGUGGCUCUAAUGGAGGUUCACCAGUGAAAGAGGAAGAUCCAUUGCCUUCUCAAAGCUGCCAAGAAGCCAAUGAGUGUUCAGAAGAAGCUAAAGCAACAUUCUCUGAAACUGUUGCUGCUCAUACAGCCGAAAACACACACAGGGAGGGCAGACAGCACAAAGACUCUCAGUCUCCCAAACACCUGUGCAGUCCAACUAGGAGAACCAGUCUGAGACAUCAGGACUGCGUGCAGUUGAACCCUGAUCAGGAACUUGACCCUUGGGUGAGACUAACAUACAGUCUUGAGAAGCGCCUAAACCAUCGAAAAAUCAUGAGCGAUCAUAAUGGGAAUAAUGAGAUCAAUGGCACAGUCUCAGAAACCACAGACCCCAUCUCUAGCUCAAAGCCAGAGGAAACUGCUAGUGUUAAAAAGGGACCUCCAGUGGCUCCAAAACCUGCUUGGGUACGCCAAAGUCUUAGAAGCAUCAAGUUUGGGAAAUCGCCAGCUGAGGCCUUUAAAAAUCCAGAGAUUCGAAGCCAAGAUACUGGAAGGACCUUUGGAGUUAGUCUGAGGGCCACUUCCUCAGGAGCAAAUCUAUCUUUCAAACAAAAGCUCAGCUCAUUUGAGACCUUUUCUAACACUGAUGGAGCAGAGAGGACAAGCAGAAGAGUGGCUCCAUCUUCAUCACUUCCUCCAAUGGAAAAAAGUCCAGCUAGGUUUGAGAAAGCACAGCCUGUAGAGACCAGCAACACAUGGAAAACUAGAACCACUGUGAUUAACACACAGGACAGUGACCAACCUUCUUCGGUGGUAAAUUCAGUCACUAACACUGAAUCAUUUUCUGAAGAACCACAAGUGAGCUUUAAAAAAACAGAGUUCCAAAAUGAGAUCCCAAAACCAGAUGAUACAACUGCAGCCACAAAGCCAACUGAGGAUUCUGCAAGCCCUUCAGUAGAGAACCCUUCUUUGGAGGAUGAGAAGGAGACAAGUCUUGGUCAGAACGAUGAGGAGGAAACAAGUCCUAUGCAAAAAGAUGAGGAGGAAACAAGGCCUACUCAAAAAGAUGAGGAGGAAACAAGUCCUACUCAAAAAGAUGAGGAGGAAACAAGGCCUACUCAAAAAGAUGAGGAGGAAACAAGUCCUACUCAAAAAGAUGAGGAGGAAACAAGUCCUACUCAAAAAGAUGAGGAGGAAACAAGGCCUACUCAAAAAGAUGAGGAGGAAACAAGGCCUACUCAAAAAGAUGAGGAGGAAACAAGUCCUGCCCAGGAAGACUCACCCUCUCUUGAUCACUGCCCUAGAAGGUCCAGCAGUUCUAAAGAUCCUCCUUCACAAAAGAUAUCUUCAUUGGAGGGCCACAGCAGUCAUAAUGCAAGCUUAAGAACCAGGAGUCUACCCCUGAAUACUUCCUCUUUUUCGGAUGCCCACAGCCAAGGUGGUCUGGAAGGGGAAGCCCUUGAGAUCAUCCUGUCAUUCAGCAACCAGGUGUCCCAUGCCCUGAUGCGUUCCAUGCAAUCCCUUCCUCAGUCCCCAUGCCUCAAGUUUGGUAACCCAUGGAGUGCACCAUCUGGAGCCCCUCACCAUAACCCCAUAGAGGAGGACAUUUCUUCAUCUGAGACAUUACUUUCACCAGCACCAGACAGCACUGAAAAGGGCUUCUCUGUGAGCCUGGCUGAGCUGAGAGAGUGCACUAUUGAGAGAGGAGAAGAGAGUGAGAAGGCUGACUCCACAUCUGAACGACUUCUCACCACACCUUCUGCAGUGUGUGCCCAGACUGUGAUCUCAGCACUUCCACCUCAGGAGAUCCAGCGACUGAUCCAGGAGGUCAAGGAUCUUGAUGAGGACACCUUAAAGCAACUGGAAGAGAUCCAUGUCGUGAUUCUGCACAAGGAGGAGGGAGCUGGCUUAGGUUUCACUAUUGCUGGUGGUAUUGAUCAGAACAAAGCAACUACAGUUCACAAAAUCUUUCCCCAAGGCUUAGCUGCUCUGGAAGGCACCAUUGAGAAAGGAGAUGAGGUGCUGUCCAUCAAUGGACAGACACUGAAGAACGUGAAGCACAGUGAUGCUACAGCAGCACUCCGGCAGGCACGGGAACUGAAGCAGGCAGUGGUGGUUGUGUGCAAGAAUAAAGAGGCAGAGAGUAGCAUAGAUGCUAGCACUACUGAGGCCAGCAGCAGUAUUGGCACAGAACAGAGCUUCACAGGAGAUGAGAGUGGAGACGUCCUGACUCUAGAGUUGGAGAAAAACACAGGUGGAGUGGGUUUUGGGCUGGAGGGAGGAAAAGGCUCUAUUCAUGGAGACAAGCCUUUGGUCAUCAACAGAAUCUACACAGGCAGUACAGCGGAGCAGAACGGUCUUCAGGUUGGUGAUGAGCUGCUGCAGGUCCAGGGCGCCACAGUGCAAGGCAUUUCACGUCUUGAGGCUUUGACUGUCCUAAAAGGUCUUGCUGAUGGGUCAUUCACAGCAAUUGUGAGGAGAAAGAAAGCAGAACAGAGCUAAAUUCAGAAAUUACACCCAGAUAGCUUGAAAAGUGUGAAAGGACUUAAUUUUAGGAAACAUAGUUUUCAGUGGCAAAUCCCACCUGUACUGGUCAUCUCAUGCAAUUUUAAAUGUCAGGAUUAUAUUGAUGUAGAUAUGGAUUAUUAUUAUUAUUGAAAAUAUCUUGAAUAUACUGGAAAAAUAUAUCUAGUAAUUCCUAUUAUAGUUAGAUUACAGUAAAACUAUUACAAGUUUAUUAAAUCUAUUUCUAGACAUAUUUGAAGCCAUGGAGGAAGCCAUGGCCUAAUGAUUAGAGAAGCAGCUUUGGGACCAAAAGGUUGGUGGUUUGAUUCCCUGGACCAGCAGGAAUGGCUGAAGUGCCCUUAAGCAAGGCAUUUAACCCCCCCAACUGCUCCCCAGGCUGCUCUGGGUAUGUUGUACGUUGCUCUGAAUAAGAGCAUCUGCUAAAUAUCUGAAAUGUAAUUUGUCAAAUUACUUCAGGCUUGUUUUAUUGGCAGAUAGUUAACUAAUUUGAAGCACUUAUUACAAGAAAGAAGCAAAAUUAUCUGUCAAUAGAAUAAAAAAAAUUAUACUUUGAAAGAGUAAAAAUGUCUACAAAUAGGAUUAUUAAUGUUAGAUUUGUUUUACUGUAAUCUUAUAAAAGGAAAUUUGAGAUAAAUUUUAUUAUAUUCAGAAUAUUGUCACUUGCUAAGAUGCAAAGUUUUGCAGAGCUCUGAUGCAUUACAUAAGAAUGUGUGUGGUUAGUGACUGCUGAAGACUGUGCCUUGAAGGAAACAGCAUACAGAUUUGUGAUUUUGAUGCACCAACCAUGCUUUGCAUAAAACAGUGGAAACAUGGAACAAUACAGGAUGUUUGUGGUCAAGUGUAGAGCUAAUUUUCAUAUUCAGCACACCAGACUGUUAGAUUUCAGUCUGACUGAAGUGUGAAAGCAUGUGAUUCAUGGAAACCUUAUCAGUAUUACUCUGUGUCCAAGUAUGGCCCAUUUUGAUCUUAAAUAUUAGCUAUUUAGCACAAUUAUCUAUGCAUCUUUGAACAGCCCAUCUGCCCAAGGGUCCAAUUCACAUUUACAAAUUACAUUGUGACACUAAACUCCAACUAUACUACUCCACUUAUUAUAUAUGCUGUAAUUAUCGAUACGGAUGUUGAUUAACCGCGAAUGAAGCAUUUCAUACUCAAAUUUGCACGCAGUCUGACUGGAUACAAGUUCGAUUAUACAUAUUAUCCAGAGAUAAUAUUGAUGAAUAAGGAAAGUGUUGGCAUUUGGGUAUGCACGUUUUAUAAUCAGAUUUGACUCAGUGCAACUUUGAUAAAUUGUGUUUUCUCAUAUAUAUAUAUAUAUAUAUAUAUAUAUAUAUAUAUAUGUAUUUCUACCAAUUUUGUUGUGUUAGGCUACAUCCACUGCUUUUCAUCAGGCACUCAGCUCUUGUCACUAAGAACAUUAAGAACACUGGGCUGAUGGACAAUGGCUACUAGCCAAUAAUAGACAAUCUGUUAUGAGUUUCAAACAUGCCUACAAUAAGCCAGCAAAGCCUAUCAAUGCAUUUUUCUAAUGGAUACCAGUAUAUCCAUGUGAAAGAAGCCCACUGAACGACAGGGGAAAGAAAAGAGGAAUAUUAUAGGAAAUAAUAAUUUAUGUGCAUCUUCCAGGCUUUUGGAAAUGCCAUGCGAUUUAUCCUUUUUUUGUAUCAAUAACACCUAAUCCUAGAAUAAGAAAAUGAUCUAUAAAGAAAUGAUACACAAUGAGAUUAAUACAUGUCCAAUCAUGGCCAAUUUUUAUAUUUAGAUAUCGGAUAUUUGUCUAUUCAAAUGAUUCACAAGCUCGUACUGGUGUUAUUUUUCUUUAAAGAAUUGUAAAUAAAGAUCAAGAAGUUUAGCUGUGUAAAAA